CUCCACUUGGCUCGACCGCGCGUGCGCGGGGGGUCGGCGCUCUGGUCUGGAACAUGGCGGCGCGGCCGUUGUGGGCGGUGCAGCGGCUGCAGCGCCUCCUGGCCUCCGGGACCGUGUCGCAGAGCCGGGGAUGGCUCCACCCAUUCAGCACCGCCACCCCAAGAACGGCUGGGGAAGACUGCAGUUCUGAGGACCCUCCUGAUGUGCUCGGUCCCUCCCUUGCUGAACAAGCCUUAAGGCUAAAAGCUGUUAAACUGGAAAAAGAAGUCCAAGAUUUAACACUAAGAUACCAGAGAGCUGUCGCUGAUUCUGAAAACAUAAGGAGACGAACCCAGAGAUGUGUGGAAGACGCCAAGAUCUUUGGAAUCCAAAGCUUCUGUAAGGACUUGGUGGAGGUGGCAGACAUUUUGGAGAAGACAGCUGAGUGCUUUUCAGAAGGAGCCAAACCCGAGGACCACAAGCUUACUCUGGAAAAAGUCUUUCAAGGACUGUCUCUUUUAGAAGCAAAGCUGAAAAGUGUGUUUGCCAAGCAUGGCCUAGAGAAAAUGACGCCCAUUGGUGACAAAUACGACCCUCAUGAGCAUGAACUCAUCUGUCACAUGCCAGCAGGUGUUGGGGUACAGCCUGGCACUGUGGCAUUAGUACGACAAGAUGGCUACAAACUUCAUGGCCGCACCAUUAGACUUGCCCAAGUGGAAGUGGCAGUGGAGUCUCAGAGAAGGCUAUGAACAAGCCACCGGGAACUAAAACUCUCCCAGGGUCCUGGCACCUCUGUCCCCUUUAUUUAUUAAGCUGGUUUGUAUUAUACAUGAGGUCCUUCGUGUGCUCUGCUUUGGAUUUAGUCAUAUUGGCUUUAUCUCUACAGUAUCUUAUUGGUUUUAUGUGACCUGUCUGGUCUCAUCAGAAGUCCUGCCACUGGGCAUCUGAACAAUGUGACGAGUGUCCUAUGGCCUUUAUCAAAAUGUUUACAAAAAUCAUUUAAAUUGGUACUCUGAUGACUGAAUCCAAAAUCCCUUAACUGUGUUUUCAACUAAUGACUGGAAUUAGUGUAGCAGCAUCUUGGGUCUUGUAUCUUAUGGGAAAGGGAGAUGGUAGGGAUUGGCUUGACAUUUAGGUCCUUAGAUGACAAAGCUUUACCCUUGUAUAAAUUUAGAUCAUUUGGGUUGACGUCUACAGAGAUUUUUCAAGGCUGCUUUUCUAUUUCAUUUUUCAUUUAGUCAUCUUUUGUACUUGUAUUUCCUGCUAGGGGUCACACUUAAAUUGUUCCAUAGCCACCCCUUUCUGGUCCCAUUUGGAAGGGCUAAAGAGUCGGACCAGUCUUCCUUUUUUUUCUUGUUGGUAAGGUGUACUCUAUUAUUAAACUGGUCUCAAGUCUAUGAA